GCAUUACUUCCUGUUUUUAGUCCUUGACCAAAAUAAACAUGCUUGUUCCCAAACCAUGACAAGAUAACAGUCUAAAUAAUGUGUAUACGGAUUUAUUCGAAGGGAUUUCUCUCAAUAAUUUUCGAACAGAAAGUUAUUCUAGGGUGUAGGCCUAUUGGUGAUUUCAGUGGCUCACGUUUGAUUUCAAAUGCUCGACAGAAAGGGCUCCUACAUCGGCUUUACACAUGUCUUGCCCAUGAUCAACAGUACCUGCCUCCCUGUCGCCGCUACAGUAUAUCAAGAUAUUACUCCGAUCAGCGCACUGAGCACAGAUUUUCGGAACAGAGCAGUCCCGGUAAAUGUGAAGAACAAGAAAAUGGAAUUUGUACGAAGGAAGAAUCCGUCAAAAAAACAGUUCGGGAUUUCAACAUUGAUGUGAUGGUGUCUCUGCUCCGUCAAGAGAAUGCCGUGGAUAUAUGUGUAAUAAAAGUUCCUGAGGAAGUCAAGUACACAGACCACUUCAUUGUUGUCACUGGUUCCUCAACAAGACACCUCCGUGCAAUGGCUCUCUAUGCCAUUAAAGUGCACAAAUUAUUGAAGAAAAACAACGAACCACAUGCCAGGAUUGAAGGGAAGGAUGCAGUGGACUGGAUGUGCAUUGACUUUGGAAGCAUUGUGGUCCAUUUCAUGCUUCCAGAGGCCAGAGAGCUGUAUGAACUGGAGAAACUGUGGACACUCCGCUCCUUUGAUGAGCAACUCUCCAGCAUCCCUCCAGAGACGUUACCAGACGACUUCAUGUAUGGGGCGGAUGUCACUAAGUGAUUCAACAAAGAACAUUGUGUGGAGUAUGAAUGAUAGGCUACUCGGAGUUAGAACGAAGAAAGAAGACACCUGAAGCAUGUUAUUGUUAUGGGUUGAAUAAAGUCUAAAAUAUUUUAGAUUAAACCAUGGGUUUAUGAAAACAAAAUUAUGGUGUUGCAUGUAUUUCAAUGUGCUGUUUGAAGUAUCUUACGGAAGCUAUUGGACAGGUGGAGGAUCGGUAGUUGAUUGGCCUGUUUUUAUUUGAUACAAAAUAUGAAAAUGGCGUUUUUCUCAAUUGUUUUUCGCUUCCGGAAUAAUAAUAACAAUCCUGCAGAUGUGAAAAAAAAUUGUAUGCAGUCUAUUUCACAGUAAGCCUACCAAAUAAGACAACGUCAGUUUUGGCAUUUUUGGCAAGUUUUUUAGAUUGGUGUGCAAUGUGCAUGCUUAUGUCAGUGCCUUCAGUGCCUUCAGCAGAUGGCGGCAAUGUGUGUGGACCGCCAGUUGUACACUAUAUAAUGUUUGUAACUUAAGUGUAUGAAUUCGUGAAAGUGAACCUGGUCAUUUUUUAUAAAAUACGUUGUGUGUUGCUAUAGCAUUGUGAACUGCAUGCAGUUCACAAUGUUACAUGCACGUAUAUUAAUGGUAAAAUCCAAAAUAUUACCAGUGUGUGACUAAUAAACUAGACUUGUAGACCUAUAGGCUAUCCCAAAUGUUGUAGGCUAGAUAAUUUCCCAUGAGGCAGUGAGAGUGCAAUCACGCGCGCAUCAUUUGUUCAAAAUAAUUUCCCCCAGAAUCAAGAACAGGUGAGACUAAAAACCAGCAAAUGAAUCGUUAGUUUACUAAACUUGCAAACUUCACUGUCAAGUUUGAGUGCAUCUUUAACUUUUUAACUUGUAUAAAAUAAAACACAUUAAAAAGACAUAUGAAGUGUCCACCUGUCACAACUAUGCUAAAUGCGACUGGUACAGGCUAACUGAUUCAGACAGGGAGUUGACUAGUUAUCUGUCCAGAAUUAUUACAUUUUACUAGAUAAAAGUGUUAUAAUUUGAAUGUUUGCAAGUUUGUUAGUUCGUUGAGUCUACCGGCCGCUAAUUUUGUGAUUGUAUUUAACUUGCUAAUAUUUAUUCGCUGUGUAGUUUUCUACGUCACACUUCUAGUCAAUAAAAAGUAAUGGACCAAACCAACAUGGACCGUGAGAAAAUGGAGCUUGUUGGCGUCACGCACGUUUUGGAUGCCAUCACAUUUUGGGCACAGAAUGUCAAUGAGGACCAAGCAAUUGAGGCAAUGAGCAACAUUUUGGCACAAAAGUGUCCAGAAUAUCAAAGGUUGUUUGGAACCCCAAUUCCUCAGAAGAUAUAUGGGGCAAUGUUCUCUGAGGACAGCUGUUGGUAUAGAUGCAAGGUCCAACAGCAGAUUGAUGACAAGGUCCAUGUGUCCUACAUUGACUAUGGGAAUUCGGAGGUUGUCAGUCGAUCAGCAGUUGUUGAACUGCCAGUGGAUUUACAGUCCCCAUCAUUGGCCAAGAAGUACAAGUUCUGGGGCUUCCAUGUGUCCAGUGACCAUGACUCUCAACAUUUCAAGCAGGGAAAAGCCUUCUUACAGAAUUUAAUACUCGGUAAGAAAGUACGUAUCCAGAAGAAGUCAGUCUGCUUCGACGGGACAAUCCUUGUUCAGGCCUUCCAGGGCAACUUGGACAUUGGCGAAGAGCUUAUGAGGAUGAAGUUUGCCAAGCAAAGUCUACCGGGGAGUAAUCAAGAGAGCUCCAUGUCCCGGCCCUCCCUCCAGGACUCUCCUGCCCUGCUGGCCCACAUGCUACUGGAGAGAGGCCAGGGAGAGGGAGACGUCUCGGCCUCACCAGUCUGCAUGCCCAAACUCCGACCGGUCUUAAGUGACCAGAUACCUCAGUCACUAAAGGAGAAAAACACAGUCGCAGCCCCAGUCGACUCCAUCAAAAUAAACAUGGAACUGGAUGUUUUGGUGGAGAAUGAAAAACUGAAGGCAGAACACGAUGCUCAGCAACAGAUUACCCAGCAAAAGGAGAAAGAACUGAGUGACACUCGCUCAGAGCUGCAGAGGCUAAAAGAGGAAAACCUGAGAGAGACCGAGAAGUGUAAGGCGGAGAAGGAUCUGCUUCGGGGCAAAUCGGAAGAGCUUGAGAAACACCUGCGAGUUGCAAACUUUCAGCUUGAGUCUGUUAGGGAAGAAAUGCAAAGAAAAGAGAAGGAAAUGGAUAAGCUUGUGGACUCUGCAGUGUCUGAGCAAUUCUGCCGACUGGCAGAGAAAGUCAACUCUUUGAGGGGAUUAAGGGAAAGAAGCCCGGGUUUGACAGAUAGUGACAGCCUGAUGGAGUCUAUUAGCACAGUCAUAAACGACAGCAUCUCUGCCCCUGUCACCAUGGGGAAGUUGGCCACGGCACGGCAUGAUUACAUGCAGGCCCAAGAGAAGCUGAGAGAGUGUAAAACGAUGGAGCAGCUCGGGGAUUUGAUCCCCAACAGAAACAAGGUGCGCAGUGUGCUGACUGCCACUGUGGAAGCCUUCUUGGAAGAGACAAAGAGUUUGCCUGUCAGAAAGCGCUUAGAGAAACUCGAGGAGGUGAGCAUGUCCCUGGCUACAGUCUUUGGUCCGUUCUCCCCAGAAGAGGUGGACGAGCAUGCCUUUGAGCAGUAUUACCAGUGGAAGACCCAGACACGCCAGCAGUCCAGCAGUGUUCGAGAUGAGACGGACAAGGCCCUGAGUGCCCUGUGUACCUGGUCUGAGAACAUUGGCAAGUUCUUCUGUCUGUCCAAUAAAACGUCAGUGAGCGUGACAGACUUAAUUGGUGGGAUAAGUGAGGUCCUAAAGCAGGCAGAGCAGCAUGUGUCCAAGGAGAUGGACGUCUAUAAAUCAGAACCCAACAACCAGAACAAUAGGGUUGUGACCAACGCUUUUCACAAAGUGAUGCAGCACAUUCAAGAGGAGAAGAAGGUCCUGAAUGAUUUGAUGGAAAAGUACCUGACGAAUACUAAGGGGGAGGUGCUCGAGUGGCAGACUGCCAGCCCAACGCCAGACACCCUCUUCUCCACCAAGAAGCGCAUCAGGACUCUGAGGUCCCAGCUGCGGUGGAGACAGGUGGAAGAGAGUAGUCUGGAGGAGUGUGAGGAGCUGGACUUAACAGAGAUCUUGAAGAAGAAGGAGGAGAUUGCGGAAACCCGAAAAGACCUUUUCCAAGAAAUCGCACGAGAAAAGGAGGAAUAUACCAAGUUAAGUGCACUUGUGGAGGACGGCUUCCCAGAGCUUCCCUUGCUCUACCCAGAGACAGACAUCCACAGCUUCAUGAGCUCUGGAGGUCUGCUGGUGAGUAGUCUGGACAAGGACAUGUUCGAUGCUGAGCCUAUGAGGGAGCUGAGUCACCACAGACCACUGGUGCACACGGAGUUCCAGGGACAGAGGGUUAUACUAAAGAGUUACACGGUGAACGAGGAGGUGGAGGGGAGGGUUCUGGAGAGAACCGCCCAGUUCCACCGGGCCAGGACACAGGGUGAGGCUGUCGCUGGGCUACUCCCACUCCUGGCUCUGUUCUUCAGCAAGUCUGAUCCGCUUGCCUAUGUAAUGGUGCCAUAUUUCCCCAAUGGGAGUCUGAAGGCCGUUCAGACAGCCUGUCCCAUGUCCACCUCGGAGGUUUGUAAGGUGAUGAAGGGAGUGGCCCAAGGACUAGAACGUUUGCAUGCUGUGGGCAUCACACAUGCCUCUCUCAACCCCAGCAAUGUGUUCGUCCUCAACCGGCAGCAAGGCAUGGUGGGAGACUUCGACUUCACCAAGACACCUGAGCAAAGGGCGGUGAGCAGAGGGAUGGUGGCAGGUUCCGUCAGCCUGGUGGCCCCAGAGCUUCGCCAGGGCUCCGCUCCCCCAUCUCCAGCCAGUGACAUGUUCUCAUUUGGCUGUCUCCUGCUCUGGCUUCAUGUUCCAGAUUUCAAUGGUGCAUUGAACACCCUUGAUGAACUGAAACUGGUUCCAAAACUGCAAGCUCUGCUCUCUAAACUGCUGGCGUAUGAAAGAAGGCUCACUGCUGCGGAAGUCCUGGCUGACCAUUGCUUUCAGUCAGACUAGGCAUGAAAACUAUUAGGGAAAUUUGUUUGAUGGCAUGGUUUUUCUUUUUAAACAUUUGUUUGUCAAGAGUUAAAAUGUGCACAUAUUUGUUUCUG